GACAAAAAUAGAAAUCGUCAUAAAGAGGAGAAACCGAGGAAACAACACAAAAAGGAAAAGCCGUGGAAAACAUGAGGCUCCUAUACGUUGCCGUCCUUUUACCCCUGGUUGCCUUAGCGCAAAAAGAAUUGGCGUCGAGUGUUAGAGGAGUGAAGGAAGCAGUACCCAAAGAAGGAAGAAGACUCCGGCAGACAAAAGAGUUCACGAAGUCCAGACCGGCUCCGACUCCGCAACGCCCAGUUGCCGUGCGACCACCGAAAGCGAAUAACAGUACAACUACCGAAUCGUUCAUUCUGAAACUAUAUUGGGAAGAAGGCUAUUUCUGGCAGCAAGAAGAUUUCGAAAGGAGGUGGUGCAUGCAAUGCGUGAACAACUGUACGAUUGGUGGAAGCAUUCAAAUAGUAAAUUGCGAUAACGACGGCAAGCAUGGGUUUCCCAAUCGAUUCAGUUUUUUACCGAACGCAAACGUAAAUGCCAACAAAGAAGUCUUUGUACAAGAAGCGAGUAGCGGUCUUUGCAUGGAACGUACUUCCGGAGCUUGGAAAAUUACCUUGCAGAGCUGCAAACCAGAUGUUCCACGACAGAUUUUCAUCGUCGAUAAAGGCUCUUUGGUCCUCGGCGAUCGAUUUCAGCUUCGACCCAAAGGACACCUAAAUUCUUGUGUCACCCAAGAUCACCACCCCAAGUACGCUGAAAUUGUUGAAAUACAAAGCUGUGCCUAUGCCGUUUUUUCGGAAACAGCUUACUGGACUUUGUUAGCUUAGUUUCAUACGAAUGACGGAUUUGCAUCGUCAAAAAGAACGAACAUUUUCAAGUUUAGAGUGGUAAAUUACAGUUAUCAGUAUUCAUGAAUAAUAUCGUUGGUC